AUGUCUUUCUCGGCAUUCCAUACGCCCAACCCCCGCUUCCGAUGGCCUCCAUCAAUAAACACUUCCUUCGCUGAGACGAGGGAUGCAUCGAGAUAUGGCUAUAGCUAUUACCAGUACAGCAGUAACUUCAAUUUUCAGAGAACUAACGAAUUUGUCCUAAUUGCCGCAGUGAUACGUCCAACUGGAUUCACAAACAAGAAACUGCCAGUACUGGUAUGGAUCUACGGCGGUGGGUUGUACGCUGGAUCGACUGCAGGCCCGCAAUACAAUCUGUCUGGAAUCAUACGUAUCUCUCAAGACACGAACACGCCUAUAAUUGCAGUGAGCAUGAACUAUCGCCUCGGAAAGGCGCAACCUCGAUUCCUACAAUCACCCCAGAUCCUCGCCGAGGGGAGCAGCAAUACAGGAUUGCUAGAUCAACGGCUAGCAUUGCGUUGGAUUCAAGAGAACAUCGAAGCCUUCGGUGGAGAUCCUAGCCGUGUCACUAUCUGGGGCGAAAGUGCUGGAGCGCAAAGCAUUGAGUUGCACCUAAAUUCCUAUGGCGUACGGGAUGACGGCUUAUCCCACGCUACAAUCAUGGAGAGUGGUGAUCCGUUCUUCGCUGCGCAAACACGUCAGGUCUGGAAUCCAAUCGUGAACGGUGAUCUUCUCCAGUCAUAUCUUUCCACAACCAUGGAUGAAGGAGACUUUGUGAAGGUUCCGCUACUCAUUGGGGCCAAUCCCGACGAAGGAGUUUCAUUUAGCGUCCACGGUCUUGAUAAUACUACGGCCAUGUCUAAUUCCCUAACCAUCCAAAAACCACUAGAUCUAUAUCCGAAAGAUGAUUUCGCAAACGAGUCCACAUAUGAUGCAGCCAUUGGAGGAGACUUGAUGAUGAUAGCGCAGCGGAGGAAGAUGUGUGAGUUUUAUACUCAGGCAGCGAAAGACGUAUACAGCUACCGUUUCGACACACCAUUGUGGAAUCAGACUGCCCCGACAUCAGUUCUCCAUUUCGUGAAUUUCGUCUUUUCCUUCCGGAACGUUAGCGGAGCACUGGGCCCAUCACCUCGGUAUGAGAGUUACAAGGAUCUCAGUACAGAUAUUGGGAGGGCGUAUGUUAACUUCGUCGAGACUGAAGAUCCAAACGGGAUCGGAAACUCUAAAAGGGUUGGCUUGCCAGCGUGGCCAAAGUAUGCGCUUGCUGCGCCGAAGAACAUGGUGCUGAACAGCAACGGUAGCUAUGUUGAGGACGACACCUGGAGAAAUGAGGGCAUCGCCUUCAUCAACUCCCUCGCCCGGGAGUUGUUGGCAUAG